AUGGCGAUCCAGCAGCUGUUCGUGGAGCCGAAGUUGAAUGAGUUGAAACAUUUAAGUGGAACACUGGCAGAAGUCUCGCCCAGAACUCAAGCGUCAGCAUGGCAGCUCGUGGGAAGUCUGGGAAGUCCCGAGCAGCUCAGCCGGUACCAAGAAUUUGUGUUUCUGCUGAGCUCUGGGAUUGGAAAGAUACAAGUGACGCCAGAGUACCGACAUACUUGGAGUGUCAGAUUGUGUUGUGAGAACUGCACAAGGCAAUACUUGGGCCAUUCCCUGAUCAAGUUUCAUGACAAGCCCUUGGAGUUUGAGGUAUCAAGCAAUUCAUCAACCUCUACAAACUGCACCUUGAGCUUGUUGGGCCUGAGCCGGGAUACUGUGACCAACGUGUCAUUGAUCGUAGUGCCCAAGGAAAACCAUCACCUUUGCGAUUGCUCAGGGGGUGUGUGCAAGUGCUGCGAGAAGUUCCAAGGUCAAUGGGAUUUCCGUCAGUGGAACAGCAUGACAGUGGCCCGCCUGGCUGGUACUAUAUGUGUUGGCUCGCCUUGCAUCGGCGAGAGGGUGAAUGGACUACCAGGUCCUAAGUGCAAAUGCAAAGACAGCUACUUUGGCCAGCCAAAGCUGAUAGGCAACAACUUAACAGAUGCCGGGUGCACUGCUGCACGUUGCGACAUUCCCAACUCCAACCGGCUGUUUGGUGCAGAUUGUGCUUGUGCAGAUGGGUUUGAUGGCAAGAUCACAUGGACUAGGACCAUCCCUAAUGGGCAGUGUGUUCCUGCUAAAUGUCACAUAUUGAAUUCGACCAAGGAACCAGGGCUGAAAUGCCGAUGUUUGAACGGCUUCACUGGCAGUAUACGAUGGAACGGCUCAGAGGCAGAAGGUGAUUGCACGCCAGCGCCAUGUAGUCUGCCCAAUUCCACCAAUGAGCCCGGGCUAAGCUGCCGUUGCAGGGAGAAGUAUGUAGGAACCAUUUCAUGGAUUGGGUCCACACCCGUGGGCACUUGUGAGCCAGCACACUGCAGUGGACCUAGGGUCAACGGACUGCCUGGCCCGGCCUGCAGAUGCAAAGAUGGUUUUACAGGCGAGCCUGAGAUGAACGGGGACAUCUUGACAGAUUAUGGGUGCAGCCAUGCUUCGUGCAACAUCCCAAACUCUACGGAGGAAGGUGGCUGGUGCAGAUGUCGGGACGGCUUUGGGGGAAUGAUCAGAUGGAAGGGUGCUGAGGCCUACGGUUUUUGCAAGCCGGCUCCUUGCCCAAUUCCAAACUCGAACAACAUGCCAGGAGAUCAGUGUCGCUGCUUAAAAGGCUAUAUAGGCCUUAUCGUCUGGGAUGGGCCACAGGCAAAGGGUUCAUGCACCGAAUUGCCGUGCGUGGGCGAAUUCACCAACGGUGUCAGCGGUCCAGGCUGCAGGUGCCGAGAUGGUUUUGCAGGAGUCGUCAAUCGAACCAAUCGCCUGCGCAGGCGCGGAGAAGUCAGGAGAAAGCAUGCUGUAUUGAACUCCAAGGAAUACAGGCGGGAACCCAUUCUGCCCGGCCAUUGCGAACCUGCACCUUGUAACGUACAGCACUCCAACCAGCAGCCGGGCAAAUUGUGUAAAUGCCUACGUGGCUUCAUUGGCUUCAUUACUUGGAAUGGCCCUACGGCACUGGGCACGUGCAAUCCCGCUCCAUGCUCUAUCGAAAACUCAAACAAAAAGAAGGGUUUUAACUGUAGCUGUCUUGAUGGCUACGGUGGAAACAUCUUCUGGACAGGAUGGAAGGCUUUCGGGACAUGUCUUCCAGCCGAUUGUACGGUUCUACAUUCUGACUUCGUGCCAGGUGUUGGUUGCAAAUGCUUGCCAGGUUUCUAUGGCCAAAUCACGUGGAAAGGACAUGUGCCACAAGGAGAGUGCCUUCCAAUGCCAACAUGUUCCAACGCUUUGAUCCACAUCGUUUCUCUGAAGAGCAAACAACAUGAUUUAGAGGGGCAUGCUUGUGAUCUUGGUCAGCAGCUAGUGCUCCAUGGGCAUGCAGAAGGACAGAAUAUCCGAUGGACACGUGUGGAAUCUAAGCCCCGUGGAAGGUGCAAGUGGAAUUUAUCGGAAGGAGAACCUUGGCGACUCUUCUCUGAGGUUUCCCCAGGACCACCUAUGGAGUGCUCAAUUGAAGCGGCCCGGCCUAGGUGUGACUCAGAGAUCCGUUACAGCAUCACCAGCCUUCAGGCGUCCAGUUUUAGCUGCCGCCAAGGGGUCGGCCACAUGCCGCUGGAGUUCCCCCAACGCGUUGAGUUCCGAGGCAGAGUGUGUGGCUAUGAUUUGAUCCAAUGGGAGAGUGUGAAGAUUCCACUGGAACCAGAGAGUGUUUGUGAGAUCGAUCGUCAGGGUUCACCCUGUGGUGGGAUUCCUCAUGGUGAACACCUACCGCAUGGGUGUUUGCAUUUAGCAGAGCCUGCAGUCUUCGAGAUGCGUACAACAUGGUUCACGGUUCAGGCCACAUCACGCUACAGAGGCUUCCGUUACUCUGUGAGGUUCUUUGACAACGGUAUGGCCAGCAUGUGUCAUGGUCACACUGCAAGCAGGCAAGAUGAUGCACUAUCCUGUCACUGGUCGAGUGGUUUGUUUGCAGAUGAAUGGCACCUCAAUUUUCGCAUGCCAGCUGUUUUCGAGAAUGGGAUGGAGCUUGCAUUUCGACGUGUGGAAGCAGAUGAGGACAACGCCUUUGGGUUGGGAUCUGCUUUCCGAGUGCUAGAUGCACACGAUGAAAAUCUCAUUCUCACGUCGCAUCAACACCUACCCUCUUGGUGGGUUUCAACCUUUGAAAGAGACUGGGCGCACGACGGCAACAUCGAGGCGUUGUCGUGGCAAUGCCAACUUUCCCACUUUCAGAACGGCACAUGCUACCAAGUCAAAGUUGGUGUGGGGUUGUGGAUUUCCGAAACGAGUGCCUGCGGUGACUUGUCGGACCAUGUCAGCACGAAGUCCGUCACAGACAAUAAGUACUACACAUAUGCUCGGUCCUCUCGUGGGAGUCAAAUCUAUGUGAGCACGCAGGAAUGCUUGCCACUUGCAUCUCGCUACGAGCUUCAGGUAGAAGUUGUAUCCCUCAGCGGGAAUACAGGUCCAGUGGCUUUGGAGGUUGCGAGUGCGGACACCCGGUGCCGCAAGACCCUUCGUUUUGUGGCGAAAGCUGAAGAUCUAAGCAAGUGCAAGAAUCAUGAUGGGGAUCCGGAAUAUGAGCAUCUCCAAAGAAUCAAGCAUUUGUUCGGCUUCGAAGAGGAUGAUGAGGAUGAGGAUGGCAUGUAG